GUGAAACGAGUUGUGAUUCCUGGCUGUGAGACAACCGACAUAUGCAUACUGACAAGAGGACAUAAUGCUUCUUUCGAAAUUGAUUUUAUUCCAAGUGAAACUGUCAGCAGUGCCACAGCUGUUGUUCAUGGAAUUAUAGACCACAUUCCAGUUCCAUUUGGAAUUGAUAAUCCAAACGCUUGCGUAAAAUCCGGUUUAACAUGCCCGUUGGAAGCUGGAAAGUUUUACACUUACACAACAACUUUGUUUAUCAAGGAGCAGUACCCCGCGCUAAGACUCAUCGUGAAGUGGGAGUUACAAGAUUCUGCAAAAAAGGAUAUACUUUGUAUAUUACUUGGAGCUGAAAUAAGAUAA